AUGCCAACUGAAGGCGUCUACAUCCGUCCAAACGGACAAAAAACGUUCAUCCCUCUAGAAAACAACCCCGAGGUCUUCACAUCUCUCGUUCACGACCUCGGCGUCUCACCCGAUCUCGGAUUCUACGACGUCUACAGUCUUGACGAUGCCGAUCUCCUCUCGUUGGUGCCUCGCCCCGUCCUGGCGCUCAUAUUCAUCGCGCCAGAGCCCGUGUACUAUGCUCUCCGCAACCAAGACGGAACUACCGUGUCACCGCCGCAACUGACUUACGAUAAGAGCGGCGAUGAAGAGCCCAUCAUUUGGUGGCAGCAGACGAUUGGCCAUUCAUGCGGCCUCAUGGCGUUGCUGCACUCGGUUGCUAACGGGGAAGCACGAAAGUUUGUUCUAAAGGACUCUUUCUUGGACGGGCUAUUGAACCAAGCCACGCCUCUCAAGCCCGUUGAAAGAGCUGCUGCGCUGUACAACAACGAAGAACUGGAGAAGAAGCACAUGAAAGCCGCUCGAACGGGAAAUUCCCAGCCGCCUGGAGCCAACGAAGAGAAUUUCAACCACUUUAUAUCUUUUGUCAAGGGCAAGGACGGCCAUCUGUGGGAGCUGGAGGGAGCCACCGAUGGCCCUCUGGAUCGCGGACUGAUGCGUGAAGGUGACGAUGUGCUCAGUGAGGGGGCGCUGGAUUUGGCUGUGCGCAAGUUUUUAAAGGUCAGCAAUGGGAACCCAAACUUUAGCAUUGUGGCAUUGGCAAGGAAGCCGGAGUGA